AUGAGAAGUGAUAGUAAAGAGUUAAGUCUAACAUCAUCAAGUUCAUCAGUAUUCAAACAAUUACAAUUCAACUAUCUCAUUGGUUAUGCACUUGCAGCAACUGGUAACUGUUUACAAAGUUCGUAUCGAUAUGCUAUUUUCGAUUCAUAUGAUCUUAGACGAACAACAAUUGAACGAAUUUUUCUUUGUGCUCAUAUUUCAACGUUAACUCUUGGUACACUUACUUCAUCACUUUCUGAUAAAUAUGGACGUCGAACAGCAUGUAUUUUAUCAGCCAUAUUCUAUAUUAUCAGUUGUCUCUCACUUAACAUGAAAGUAGUAUGGAUAUUUUUUGUUGGAAGUGCAGCUCGUGGUAUAGCUCAUUCAUUAUAUAAUACAAAUUUUGAAGCAUGGCUUAUUCAUGAUCAUCAUAACAGUGGUUUAAGUACUGAUUUACUUAAAGAGAUAUUACGAAAUUCAUUUGUUCUAUCAUCAAUUGUCGCUAUAGGAACAGGCUUUGUUUCUGAAUUGUCAGCAGAAUUACUUGGAUAUGUAGCUCCAUUUGAUAUUGCUAUUGGUAUAUAUUUAAUUAUGAUAAUUUUUAUUUUAAUCCAAUGGAGAGAAAAUUAUGGUGAUAAAGAAGCAUCAAGUACAACUUCAUUUAUUCAUUCUAUUGAAAUACUUCGAAAUGAUCCUCGUAUUCUAUUAGUUGGAUUAAUUACAUCAUUAUUCGAAGUUACAAUCUAUAUUUAUGCAAUGGAAUGGACACCUGCAUUGGAACGUGCAAGUAUAUGGAUUAUCCAUGAACCAUUACCAUUAGGUAUAAUAUAUUCAUCUUUUAUGUUUUUUAAUAUGAUUGGUACAAUAGUUUUUAAACCAUUAUCUCAACGAUUUCGAGUACAAUCAUUUAUGUUAGUUAUUUUUCUGUUAACUGCACUUUCCUAUUGUAUGUUAGUUAUUGUUCCCGAUGUUCAACCCGUAGUUCUUGGUAGUUUUUGUCUCUAUGAAUUUUGUGUUGGUAUUUAUUUGCCAUCCAUAAGUUUAUUAAGAAGUCAAUAUUUACCAGAUUCAGUUCGAGCAACAUUAAUGAACUAUUUUCGUAUACCUCGAGUUGUAUUAAUGGUUAUAAUUAUAGUUUGGGAUCUUCCACUUGCACUUAUAUUUACUUUCUGUAGUAUAAUGUCCAUUAUGGCAUUUGUGUGUUUAUUAAUAUUACGAAGUAUGAAACCACCAGAAGAAUAUUUUGAGCCAAGUGAGACUGUCGUUUUAUUACCUCCAACACCAUCAUAUGAUCUUAAAGUGAAACAACCUCAGAUAACAUCAUAA